CGCCGGGCUACCCGCGGCCAUGGAGGACGAGAAGAGCUAUUCGGAUAUCUGCGGCGGGCGCCUGGCCCUGCGGCGCCGCUACUACUCGCCGUACUGCCGCGAGUUCGGCCUCAGCUCGGCUCGGCUGUCGCUGCGCUCGCUCACCGCGGUCACCUGCGCCGUGUGGCUGGCGGCCUACGGACUCUUCACCCUGUGCGAGAAUAGCAUGAUCCUCUCUGCUGCCAUCUUCAUCACCAUCAUAGGCCUGCUUGGUUACCUCCACUUUGUGAAGAUUGAUCAGGAGACUCUAUUAAUCAUCGAUUCACUUGGCAUCCAGAUGACUUCAUCCUAUGCUUCAGGCAAAGAAAGUACCACCUUCAUAGAGAUGGACAAGGUCAAGGACAUUAUCAUCAAUGAGGCUAUUUACAUGCAGAAGGUGAUUUACUACCUCUGCAUUUUAUUGAAGGAUCCAGCAAAGCCACAGGAGAUAUCCCAAGUAGUUCCUGUCUUCCAGGUGAGUGCAAUGUUCUCCUGUGAAAUCUUUUUUUCUCCGUCUGCUCACCCAUGCCCCUUUUGUUCAGCUGGAUUUGAAUUUCUGUUUUCAGAGUAUUGGAGAUGAGUAAAAGUUAGGAUCUUUUUCCCCUCUUUGAUGAGGAUACACUUUAAAAAAUAUUAGUAAGUCACAAAGAUUUUUAGAGAAGACAAUUAUCAAUCAUAUAACCACUUCUGCUUACAAAUCACAUUCUUCUACUUCAUCUGCCAAUCUACCAUUGUAUAAUUUUACAUUGAUAUUAGCGAGGUUGAGCUAUUUUAUCUGUCUAUAGCUAUCUGCCUGUCUUUUCUAUCACAGCCAGUAUACUUAUUUUAAAUGAUUAUGUUCUAUUAUUUUGUUUAUUUAACUAUUUUAUUGCUAGGUUUUAAAUAAUGUCUAGAUUAUCUUUUCUUUUGAUUUUACAAUAAAAACUGACUGGUGGCACAAGCCUGUAAUCUUCUUUGUUUUAAACUGUUAGUUUCCUCUACUAGCUGAGUAGAACCUAGAAAUCAGUUAUGUAUUUGUAAUAAUUUUGUGCUGUUUGAAUAGUAAACAUUUAUUAAAUAGACUUUUACAUAUAAUUUUCCUA